AUGGGCCAUGCCGGAUGGGGCGCAGACACACUGAAGGUCAUCCGCUGCAACUUCACCACCUUGGCGGCCGACGCGGCUGCGGCACUAGGCCGGCGUCUGGUGGAGCGCGGCACCGUGCGGAGCUUGCCGAAACUGCAAUUUCACGAGCGCCUGGACUUCCCUGCAACCUUCAGCCUGGAGGUCUUCGGUAUGGGUCGGCUCCGCUGCCUGGACCUCUGCUACUGUGAGCUUGGUGCGCUGGGUGUGGAGCUCAGUUUGGGCGCAAAUGCCAUCACCGCCCGCGGUGCCGUCGCAGCGGUGUCGAUAGCCACCGGGCUCAGGCGGCUGGACCUGGAAAUCAAUCAGCUCGGGGACGAGGGAUGCAAGCUGGUGGCCCAGAAGGUACUUCUUCGCGUGACCACCACUCUGCAACAUCUCGAUCUGGGUAUGAACUCGAUCGGUCCAGAUGGCGCCCUGGCUCUGGCGAGCGCCCUGCGCAAGAACAUGGCCUUGACCCGCCUCGAUCUUGGCUACAAUCGCAUCGGCUCGGUGGGCGCCGAGGCUCUGGCGCAGGCGCUGAUGAGCAACACUGCGCUUAAGGUCUUGCGCCUGGAGGACAAUGCGGUGGGCGAUCUCGGGGCGACAGCGCUCGUCUCGGGCGCCACAAGGCUGCAGGAGCUUGAACUGGCUUUCAACCAGGUGCGUGCUGAAGGUGCGGUGGCCGUGGCGGCCGCGCUCCGAUCUCCCACCGAAUUGCGGCGGCUGGGCCUCCGUGGCAACGAGCUUCGGGAUGCGGGUGCUUCAGCCCUGGCCGCCGCGAUUUCGAAGAAUUGCGGGCUGCAGGACCUCUCCUUGCAGAGCAACGCGAUUGGCAGCGCAGGUGGCUCAGCCUUGGUCCAGGCCUUGCGAGGGAACUGGCGCCUCACAGCGCUGGAUGUCACAGAGAAUGCCAUCACGCAGGAGGCUGCGACGAGCAUUGCCGAAAUGACCCGACAGGCGCGCGUGGUCCACGAGGAGGCGCUGAGGCCGCCGAGUAGCCGGGAUCUGGCGGAGGGAACUCAAAGGCGGUUUCCCACCGAGUGGAGCGUGCGGGCAUGGCUGGGCUGGAUCUCAAAGGAUGGGCGGGAGAGCGACAUCAAGACGCUCGUCUCCGUGUCCCAUGCUGCGGCUGUCAUGGCAGCGGAGGCUGCGGUCUUGAGCUACGACCUCGCCCGGCUCCGGGACCUGGCGUCGAUCUACGGCCGGCGCUUGGCCCCGGCCGGGCGCCAAAAGGAAGCGGCCAAAGGUGUCUACCUGCUGAACCUCACACCUUUCUGUAUCCAAGUGACUGUCGGCAAGAGCUCCAAGGCCGUCCAGAUGAAGGACUCCCCAAGCCCCGACAAACCUAAAGCCACGAAAGUCGAUGCGUGA